AUGAUACCCCAUCCUUCUGCCGGCGUCCAGCCGUGGAGUCGCUCGAUGCGCGCUCCCAAUAACGGCCUAGGACGCGUGGAGGCCUUCCAAGCGCUCAAUCAGUCUGAGCCUCAGUCGGAGAAGCCGCCAAUGCCCGUACCGCCAUCGCUCCCCCGACAGCCGGCAGUCAUCGACCUCACAACCAUUCCCGGCGAUGCGCAAGAGAGUGAGCCGCCAACCAAGCGGCUGAAAUUGGAUGUGACAUCAGGAGCCUAUGCGGCAACAGGCAGUCCGGCACCGGUGAGUAACGGUGAAGCGAGAACCACUCCGGGGACCGCGACUGCCAAACCACAAUCAUUGACUUGGCGAGGGCGGCCGGCAUGGUCGUUCCAAGCUCUGCUGUCGGAGACGACUGGAGCUGUCGAGGUCAAAGAUGACGAUGCUUCCGCACAAGGAAAGACCUCCUCGUCUCCGCCUCCUUUGCCUCUCCUCCCUUGGAAGUAUACUCCUCAGGAAACGCCGGCAACCGAUGCCACGAAGAUUGCUGAAAUUGCACCGGUCAAGGAAGUCAAAACCACACCGUAUCGCAUUGAGGUGCCUACAAUUGCACCCAAAAUUAAAGGAGAGAAGGUUGCGGACUUCUCCCCAUGGACAGGCAAUCACCCGGAAGAUAUUCUCAAUGAGCACACGGCGAAGCAAGGACACUACGACCGCACGCAGGUGUCCCAGAAUGAGUCCAACACUGCACGGCCGUCGCUUUAUGCGCAGUUGAAGCACCGAUCAGGUUUGCAGAUGCUUUCUUCCGUCUUUGCUGCUGCCCUUGAGAAGAGACAGAGCCACAAUAUGGUCACGGCUCCGUCGAGCUUCAAGCCACCCCCUCGGGUGACGCUGACGGAUAACAAGCGCGAAGCUUGGCUUCGGGAUCUUGCUAAUCCAUCUGUGCCCCUGCGCAGGCUGAGUCGGACGAUUCCUCAUGGCAUCCGGGGCAAGGUGCUUCUCGAUCAAUGCUUAGGCAAAUGGAUUCCAGUCCCUCGUGCCAUAUGGCUGGCGAGAUGUGUUGGUGCCAACGAAAUUCGUGCGUUCAAAAGGAAGGGCACAAGCGGCGCACUCGCGCUGGGCUUAGAGUCGAAAUGGGUUCGUGACUGGACUGCCACCGUCCAACAGUUUCUGGACGGAGUCGUCGGUAUUUGUGGUGCUGCGGACUGGAAGGUGAAGAUGACUUAUGCAGUCAGCCUGACAUCACGGCUCUUCUUCGAACGCUUGCUCGACCAUGAUCAGUAUCUUAGCUGGUUUUUGUUAUCGUUGGAAAACGCCUCACUCAACACCAUUCCUGUUUGGCUCUUGAUGCUUGGCAUAUAUUGGAGCAAUAUCAUGCGUUACAGGAAACGUGGCCGGAAGUUGGCGGAGGUUCUGCUUGAGAAACUGCGACAGAUCAAGAAGUCCGGCCAUCCCGAAACCCUUCAGCCGCUGGUUGAUCGUUUGUCUCGCUGUAUAAGACGAUUGGUUUUGGAGCAUACAUCAUCUUUAAUCCUUCCGAAUUCCUGGAUGACAUACAAGGAAUUGAUCUCGUCGUGUUUGAACUUCAAGGAAACGCCAGAUCAGACCAUGUUUCAUAACUUGGUGGAGCGCAACAGUCGUGUUCAGCUUCUGAAGAGUCAACAAGAAGCAAAAGCUCGGCUACCUCAGCAAAAGGUCAUCUCGCUUUUUGAUUCACUUCGCUCUGCGCAUGAUGUUACGGCCACAGCUUCCGCAUGCCUGGACGCUGUUGAUGACAAGACUGUUUUGGUCUCCAAACUCCUCGAGUGGGCAGCAACCCCGUUUCGGCAUGGGUCUCGCCGUGUCUAUACCAGCGUCCGCCUACUGCGGAAGUGGAAGAUGUCCGGAAUUGACAUUGAAAGUCACAUACUCAAUUUCGUUGCAGGCUUCGAUAGCAAUAGUCGACUCAACAUGGAACACAUAUAUCAUAUUUUUUCAGAGCUCGUUCGGUCUCAGACAUUCUCCGUUGGCAGGUACUUGCAAUGGCUGAUGGCUAAGGGACUUGCACAUAGUCCUGCGUCCGAAAAUGAGGCUAUAUCGAGCGAACUCCGCCUUUUGAUCCAACUUCCAUCACACCGUCUACCCGAACAUGUUCGUAAUCUUCGUAACAUGUUGAUUGAUCGUGCAGGAUUCUCCCUCGAGGAAGAAAAUUCCCUUGUUGCAAAGCUCCAAAUGUCGAUUGCGGGGCGGCUCCCCCACAUUUUCGGGUCAGAGAGGAGCGGUGUCCCGAAAACUAACUUGUCCCUCCCUGCCGAAUUGACAUGGGCUGUCAAGUCUGAGAUUGGUCUUUGGAUCCGACGUGGUGUAGCUGAGCAUUAUCGCAAACCAGGCAGGUAUUCUUCCGCUUCUUGUUCUUGGACUCAUGUUCCUUCCAGGAGAUAUAGCAACAUCCCGUUCUUGUCCGACUCGGGCAUCUCUGCACUAACUCCUGCCGAAUUCUGCGUUAUUCGAGAGAUCCUUGAGGGCUUUGGGGACCUGUCAAUGCUUGCGGACGUACUCAAGCAGGCAACUACCUGCGACAAUAGUAUCGUGCUCGCCUCGGUUGCGGACACGGUCAACUAUCACUUUGACACAUUCUGUGUGAUCAGUGCUGUGCACGAUCUCUUUAAGGGCCUCGUUGAAUCUUAUGUCCGCCUGAAAAGGUUUGGUGCCCCCAGCCUGGACCUGAUUUUCUCGUUGAUAGAGCUGGGUCUUCGAGUGCCCAGCGAGUUCAAUACCGUUGCAUUGCUUCGUCAGGACCUUGCUCGGAUUGAGAAUAGAGCGGCGGUGGCGGCUCCCUCUCCACUCUCCGACCAUAUCUCGGUGUCUACCGGCCAGAUCGAUUCCUUGUUUCAGGAGAAGCUUGAUCAAACGCUUCUCUCUGGUGGUGGGAUGGACGAGUCCACCAUGGACACAUCCUUCGCCUCGCUUACUAAAGCGCUUCAGGACGGCCACAAGAAACUGUCAGCAAAUGAAAUCUGUCGAUAUAUGGCUUACCUUCGAACUUUCCAUCCCAAGCGAUUCGAUGCUAUGCUAGUACGAUGGGUGUGCGGACUUUUGAAGUCUCAAACCAGAUCAACAAUGGCGCGGAUCCUCCCCCCUCUUAUCGGUGUGGGAUGUGUUACUAUCCAUGCCUUCGUUGCCUUGGUCAAGAAGCUCCUUCAGUCAGAGAAGGUCGUUGCGGUAAUCCCUAGCGUCGCAGAGUUGAAGCUGGAUCUCUUCGAACUCCUUGUUCCGCCAAAGCACGACCAAAGCCGUCUCGCAGAUAUGGUUACCUAUCGGUUUCGACUCGCGCAGCAAGAGUUCCUUGCUAAACAUCCCGAAGAAAGCCUCGACAUAAUCCGUGAUGUUGUACCUUUGAUCGGAUCCGAGAACACUGAUUGCCUAUACGGUUCCAGAAGGGAUGACCUCACAGAGUGUGCAACCAUGCUGCUUCAGCUUCUCCUUACACAAAAUCCGGAACGCAUCGUUCAGAGUUGUUUGCAAAAGUUUAUUGGCCAACACACAGCAUCCACAGCUUUACUGCAGAAAGCACUCAACAGCCUUCUGGGCUUCGACUCAGAUGCAAGCGAUAAGACUGCACCUGAGGCUGAGAAAGUCAUCCGCAUGAAUAACGAUUUUUCGCUUCCCUUUUGUCAACUCAAGCUUCAGCUCUUGUUCAACGCAGAAGCUGCUGGCCAAGACAACAACAGCAUCGUGGAUGUGAUGUUCAAAGCUGCAGUGGCAGAUACCAAGUCUCACAAUGAUCAUUGGUAUGGUUUAGUGAGCCUGAUGAGCCAUGAUGCUAUUCAACAAAUUCGGGAGCGGGCUGAAAGGAGUUUCUUCUCUAUCCCCAUGUUCGAGGAAAAUUCAGAUAGUCUUCAAUCGAUCGAGGCUGCAAGGCUCUACCUGACCAUGAUCGAGAAGCUAGCCCCUUGCAUUCCCGAAGCUGGGGUACCGACCGUUGUGCCUGUGCUUGUUGAGAAGAUGGAGUUUCUGCUUCAGAAGUUUGUGGCAAUGCAAGCAAAUCAUACUGGUGCCGGAGAUGGACGUCCGACAAACCAAGCUAGCCCGUCUUUCGAGAGAAGCCUGGCCUUCUGGUUUUCUGCCUUGCUUCGGAUCGUUGUCAUUCACCGCGCAUCGUUCAACACACCGGGGCUGGCGCCUAGAUCUCAUGGCCUCCCAGAGCAGACUCGCCUACUGAUCUCCAUCUUCUGUAUCUCUUUGGCCCGUCUUCCGAACCGUGUCCUUCGCUUAUACCCGUCGGCUGAUUAUUUCCCUCAAUCCAAGCCAGUGGAGAGCUACCGGCCGUGUCCUGGGAUUCUGCUGCAAACCCAUGCACUCGAUGUUGCUGCCUGCCUUGUCGACAUAUUCCCGGAUGAGGCACGGCAGCAGUGUGCGCGAUUCCUCAAGGAAAAGUGUCCGCCCUUCCUUCAAUUCCAGAACGAUGCUAGAUUUCUUUACCUUCUCGGUCCCAUAGUGGACAGCUCCAAUCCUCCUCAACCCACGUCUCUACCGUCUCCUGCCGCUGGCGGCUCUACCCCAACCCCAUCGGGAAGCUUAGCCUAUGGUCAACAGACGCCGCAACAGUCGUCCACUGCAGUACCAUCGGGGCUCUCCGCUGGACUUAGUGAAGGCGUCAAUUGCAUUGCAAGUCAUCUUCGGGUUCAGUACCGCGGCCGGGCCAUUGGUGCAUACCCUGUGCGUCCAUGGGAGCUUCUUGAAGACGCAGCUCCUAUCGUUGGUAUGAAUGACACCGCAUUGAGUCUGAAGUACUUCGAUGCCAGGCGUGUCAGAGCCUAA